AUGAUGUCUGAUACAAACAAUAACAAUGGCAACGAUGCCAAUGACUCUGGCAUGUCAUUCACCGAUGCCUGGUUCUCAAGUGCCAGAAGUGGCAACUGCGAAGAUAUUGCACAGCUGGUCAAGUUGAAGUCAGUGCCACUGGACACACCCGACCAUCUGGGCAACACGGCGCUGCACUACGCCGCCACAGCCGGCCACGCCGACGUCAUUGAGAUCCUCAUCAAGGUGGGCGCCAACGUCAACUGUCAGAACAAGGUGGGCGACACCCCACUCCACAAAGCCGCCGGACGUGCACGUCUGCCUUGCAUCAAGGUGCUGGUCAACCUCGGCAAGGCCAAUGUAGAUAUCAGAAACAGAGAUGGCGAGAGGCCCACCGACCUGGCCAAGGAUCCACAGAUCAAAGCAGAGUUGGAGCCCAUCGUCGAGGGCUUUGACGAUGAUGACGAUGAUGAGGACGAUGAGAAGUACGACAAGGACUAUGACAGCGAUGAGGAGCCAGAGGAA